CCCGCUGCCGACGGGCCAUGGCCUUGCUCCGGGCCGCCACCUGGGGGCUGUUCCCCCGGAGGGGCUACUGCUCCCGGGGGUCGCAGGGCCAGCUCAGCCCGAGCUUCGUGGAGGCUCUGAAGAUAGUUGUGGGGGACCCCCACGUGUCCACCGCUGCCGCCGUCCGCGAGCACCAUGGGCAAGACGAGUCUGUGCACAGGUGCCAACCCCCCGACGCCGUGGUGUGGCCCCAGAGCGCGGAGCAGGUCAGCCGGCUGGCAGCCCUGUGCUACAGCCAGCGCGUGCCCAUGGUCCCUUUCGGCACGGGCACCGGCCUGGAGGGGGGCGUCUGCGCCGUGCAGGGCGGUGUGUGCGUGAACCUCACCCACAUGGACCGGAUCACCGAGCUGAACCCAGAGGACUUCUCGGUGGUGGUGGAGCCCGGGGUCACCCGGAAGGCCCUCAACGCUCACCUGCGCGACACUGGCCUCUGGUUCCCCGUGGACCCAGGUGCAGAUGCCUCUCUCUGCGGCAUGGCUGCCACCGGAGCCUCGGGCACUAACGCCGUGCGCUAUGGUACCAUGCGGGACAACGUGCUCAACCUGGAGGUGGUGCUGCCUGAUGGCCGGCUGCUCCACACUGCGGGGCAAGGGCGCCAUUUCCGGAAGAGUGCAGCUGGCUACAACCUCACAGGGCUCUUUGUGGGCUCUGAGGGGACCCUGGGCCUCAUCACAUCUGCCACCCUGCGCCUGCAUCCUGCCCCUGAGGCCACAGUAGCCGCCACCUGUGCUUUCCCCAGUGUCCAGGCUGCAGUGGACAGCACUGUGCAGAUCCUCCAGGCGGCAGUGCCUGUGGCCCGCAUUGAGUUCCUGGAUGAUGUUGCAAUGGAUGCCUGCAACAGAUACAGCAAACUGAACUAUCCUGUGGCUCCCACACUCUUCCUGGAGUUCCACGGCUCCCAGCAGGCACUGGAAGAGCAACGGCAGCGGGCAGAGGCGAUCAUUCAAGACAACGGAGGCUCCCAGUUCUCCUGGGCCCAUGAGGCUGAGGCACGCAAACAGCUUUGGACAGCACGCCAUAAUAUCUGGUAUGCACUCCUGGCUGCGUCUCCUGGCUGCAAGGGCUAUUCCACGGACGUGUGUGUGCCCAUUUCCCGGCUGCCUGAGAUCCUGGUGCAGGCCAAGGAGGAGCUGAAAGUCUCAGGACUCACAGGAGCCAUUCUUGGGCAUGUGGGUGAUGGCAACUUCCACUGCAUCCUGAUGAUCCACCCAGAUGAUGCUGAGGAGCUCCAUCGAGUCAAAGUCUUUGCCGAAGGACUGGGCAGGAGGGCACUGGCACUCCACGGGACGUGCACUGGGGAGCAUGGCAUUGGCAUGGGCAAGCGGCAGCUGCUUCAGGAAGAAGUUGGUGCUGUGGCCCUGGAGACCAUGCGGCAGCUCAAGGUCACCCUGGACCCCCUCGGCCUCAUGAACCCAGGCAAGGUGCUGUGAGAAGCUUCAAGUGCUUGGCCUACAAGCCUCCAGACCACAGAGCCCUUGUUCUGGAAGUUUCCUUUAAGCCUCCAAUUCUGCAAAGGAUGGACAGUG